AUGGAGCAGGACCUCCAAACCCCGCUUCAUGCCUCACGCGAGGAAAAUGAUAUCAGAGGCACCGCCAAACAAAUCGAGGACCCUAGCUACGAGAUAGAGACGCCUAGACCGGUGAUAAAGAAGCAUGCGAAGAAGGGUAACAAAAAGAAAGCUAAGCGAAACCGGCCAACAACUUGUGCUGCGACUUCCAUUUCCCCAGAUAGAAAUCCGCCAUCGAUAGAGGAGGCUGCCUCUGAAGAGCCUGCUCCUCAAGAGCCUCCGGCAGCCGAGGGGUCUGCGUGGUGGCCUGAAGGAUCUCCGUUGGCCGAAGAGCCCUCAUCUGUCCAAUAUCUUGCCGCAGUUGAACAUGCUGCUGAUUUCGACCAAGCUGCAGACGAACCUGCUCCCGCGAAGUUGCUUGACAGUGAUACCGAUGAGCCGCUUGACGUGCCGUGCUUUCGCAUCCAAGUCUCCGCAAAGCAUUUGAUCUUGGCCUCCUCCGUCUUUAAGAGAAUUCUCACUGGCGGUUGGAUGGAAAGCACUAAGUUCCUGAAACAAGGUUCUGUCGAGAUUGAUACAGACAGCUGGGAUCUCGACGCUCUAAUAAUCGUUCUUCGUUUGAUUCACUGCCAGUCUUUUCACAAACCACGAAAGCUUAGCUUGGAGAUGCUUGCAAAGGUUGCUGUUAUCGCGGAUUAUUACGAAUGCGGCGAGGCUGUGGAUAUGCUGGCGCGCGUUUGGAUAAGUGCACUGGAUGAGACGAUUCCCGCAACGUACUCCCGGGACGUCAUUCUGCGGAUAUGA